GCUAAGGCUCGCGAGCGAUGGUCGACUACACCAAUGAACCCAUAGAAGUGGUCUGAGCGACGGCCAAAAUAACCAAUUAGUAUGAGGUUCCCUCCACCCCGGAAUCCCUGUUCCCAGGCUAUGACCCCCAGUGUCCUGUAGACCUGGCGGGCCCCCAGUGCUUGCGACCCCUAUUCGGGGGUCUGGGUGGCUACUGGAGGGCCUUCCAGAGGGGCAGAGAAGGCAGGACCAUGGCAUCUAGGGCCUCUGAACUUCCGCCAGGGCGCAACGUGACGGCGGGCAUCAUCAUUGUUGGAGAUGAGAUCCUCAAGGGACACACUCAAGACACCAACACCUACUUUCUGUGCCGGACACUGCGUUCCCUGGGGGUCCAGGUGUGCCGAGUCUCCGUGGUACCUGACGAGGUAGCCACCAUCGCAGCUGAGGUCACAGCUUUCUCCAGCCGCUUCACCCACGUCCUCACAGCAGGGGGCAUUGGCCCCACACAUGAUGAUGUGACCUUUGAGGCAGUGGCCCAGGCCUUUGGGGACGAGCUCAAGCCACACCCUGAGCUGGAAGCGGCCGUCAAGGCCCUAGGAGGGGCGGGCUGGGAGAAACUGUCGCGGGUGCCCGCCUCUGCCCGCCUGCAUUAUGGCACAGAUCCUCGCACUGGCCACCCCUUCCGAUUCCCACUAGUCUCCGUCCGAAAUGUCUACCUCUUCCCGGGAAUUCCGGAGCUGCUCCGUCGGGUGCUGGAAGGGCUGAAGGGGCUGUUCCAAAACACAGCUGUUCAGUUCCACUUGCGGGAAAUGUAUGUGGCAGCUAACGAGGCCUCUAUCGCCCCCAUCCUGGCUGAGGCCCAGGCCCAUUUUGGGCGCAGGCUUGGCCUGGGUUCCUACCCUGACUGGGGCAGCAACUACUAUCAGGUGAAGCUGACACUGGACUCGGAGGAAGAAGGACCCCUGGAGGAGUGCCUGGCCUACCUGACCGCCCGUCUGCCUCAGGGAUCAGUAGUUCCCUACGUGCCCAAUGCCGUGGAGCAGGCCGGUGAGGCCGUGUACAAACUCACUGAGUCAGGGUCUUCUCUGGGGGAGAAGGUGGCAGGCGCCCUCCAGACCAUUGAGACUGCCCUGGCUCGGUACAGCCUCACCCAGCUCUGCGUGGGCUUCAACGGGGGCAAGGACUGCACUGCCCUCCUGCACCUCUUCCACGCCGCAGUGCAGAGGAAGUGCCCUGAUGCUCAGAAGCCCCUCCAGAUCCUGUAUAUCCGCAGCAUCUCCCCUUUCCCUGAGCUGGAGCAGUUUCUACAGGACACCAUCAAGAGGUACAAUCUGCAGGUGCUGGAGGCUGAGGGAGACAUGAAGCAGGCCCUGAGUGAGCUGCAGGCGCGGCACCCCCAGCUCGAGGCGGUGCUGAUGGGUACCCGCCGCACUGACCCCUACUCCUGCAGCCUCUGCCCCUUCAGCCCCACCGACCCAGGCUGGCCUGCAUUCAUGCGCAUCAACCCGCUCCUGGACUGGACCUACAGAGACAUCUGGGACUUCCUGCGCCAACUGUUUGUCCCCUACUGUAUCCUGUAUGACCGAGGCUACACGUCACUGGGAAGCCGGGAGAACACUGUACGGAACCCAGCCCUGAAGUGCCUGAGCCCAGGAGGACAGCCCACCUACCGUCCAGCCUACCUGCUUGAGAACGAAGACGAGGAGCGGAACUCCCGCACUUGACCUCCCACUCCCGCCCUUUUCAAGGCAGGAAGGGAGGAGGCCGUCCUGGGGUCUAACCUGUCAAUAAACCACCUCUCCUGUGCCUGUG